UCUGGAAAAUCGGUGUUGGCAAACUUUGUUUCGGAGAGCAUAGAAGGGAUUGGCAGCUACAGCCCGACACAAGGUGUAAGGAUCCUGGAGUAUGAGAAGCCGAACUUGAACGGUAACUGCAAGGGAGCUGGGUGUCGAUUUGAGUUGUGGGAUUGCAGUGGUGAUCAAAAGUUUGAAACAUGCUGGCCAGGUCUGAUGAAGGACUCUCAUGGCGUAAUAAUAAUCUUCAAUCCUGAGCUGCCCAGUCACCUGAAAGAAAUUGAAAUGUGGUACUCCUGUUUUGUGCAGCAGCAGCCACUGCUUGACAGCCAGUGUCUCCUAGUUGCCCAUCACAAGCCAGGCAGUGAGGGGGACACAGAAAAUCUGUCCUUGGCUUAUCCGCUGAACAAGCUGAAACUAAUACAUUCCAACUUAGAAGAAGAUCCUGAAGAUGUUCGGAUGGAAUUUAUGAAAUACUUCAGAAGCAUUAUCACCUUAAUAAAUGAGAGCAGAGAGAGAGAAGAAAUGUCAAUUAUCUCAUAACAUUAAAAGAAAUACUGAACAGGGAAGAAAAAGGAUUUUUUUUCACUUUGUAAGCUAUACUAACCUGUGAACAGGUCCUCACAACAAGAAUUUGCUUUGCUAUAAACACUUCAGAGAAAAUAAUGCACAAUUUGUGACUAAACCAGAAAAAAAGAAGUGCUGACAUCAGAUGAACUGUGGUGCCAAAGAGGUGGCUGCACGUCCAGGAACUUGGGUAACUUUAGCUGCCUUUUGGUUUCGUUUGGUAUCAGAGGUACAGGAAGAUAUUGUUUAAUAUGUUAGAGUGGACCAAA